CCGCCCACCGCGGAGCAGCUCCUGCAACAGCUGGAUGUAGUCGAACUCUCCAUCAUGGGCCUGGCCACCUUCCUGACACUGCUGUCGGUCGCCAUCUUCGUGGAAGAGGCCUUCUACCUCACUCGCAAGAUCCGCUGCCCCAUCAAGAUGAAGACUCUCCUUUGGAGCAGCUCAGCCCCUACGGUCGUGUCUGUGGUCAGCUGCUUUGGGCUCUGGAUCCCUCGCUCCAUGAUGGUGGUGGAGAUGGCGACCACGGCGUACUUUGCCGUCUGCUUCUACCUCCUGAUGCUGAUCAUGGUGGAGGGCUUUGGGGGCAAGGAGGCAGUGCUGAGCAUCCUGAAGGAUGUGCCCAUGGUGAUCAGCACCGGCCCCUGCUGCUGCUGCUGUCCCUGCCUGCCCCAAAUCACCAUGAGCAGGAGAAAGCUCCAACUGCUGCUGCUGGGGACUUUCCAGUACACCAUCUUCAAGGCGGUUGCUGUCUUUGUGGGGCUGGUCCUGGCUGCCGACGGGAACUACAACCCUGCUGACAUCUCAGAGAAGAGCGUGGCGCUCUGGAUCAACACGCUCCUGGGGGUCUCCACCAUCUUUGGCCUGUGGGCCCUGGGCAUCCUCUUCCGGCAGGCCAGGUUGCAUUUGAAAGAGCAGAACAUUGGGGCCAAAUUUGCUUGCUUCCAGGUUCUCCUCAUCCUGACAGCGCUGCAGCCCUCCAUCUUCAGCAUCCUGGCCAACAGUGGCAGCAUUGCCUGCUGGCCACCCCUCUCCUCCAAGGCCAGGUCACAGCAGAUGAACAUGCAGCUGAUAAUCCUGCAAACGUUCAUCAUAGCUGUGGUGACCCGGAUAUACUACCGCAAGCAGGAUGACAAACCAGGCUACCAGCCCAUCAGCUUUGCAUCUUCAGACACCAACAUCAAGGUCUGAGCAGGAAGGAGCAAAGGAUGAUGCCAAGGAGCACAGCAAGGCCAGAGGUGCUGGCUCACCCUCCCCAUCCACCUCCUCCUCGUACAGCCCUGGGAAGCUUCUGGGAGCAAGUAACACAGAGGGGAAAAGGGCAUCACAGCACAAGCUAAAAGGGUCUGAAACUUGAGGGCCAAAAACCAAAGACCAUCUGUGAAAUAGCCUUCAAGCCCAGGGGACUCUGUCUGGCACUGAAUAAAGAUAAAUUUCUACAUGAAUC